GCCCCGGUUAAAUCUCGGCCAUGAGGUGACGUGACGUACCAAAUGAAUCGUACCUGGUAACAUUCCAAGUUGAAUGUAACAGAAAUGAUGCUAAAUUUUGUGGCUUUCGAGCUCGAUUAACACAAUUAAUUCUCUCCAAAUUGAUGGUUUUUUUUUUUACAAACCCCACGAUACCGCCGCAUUCACACAUCCACGUCGCCUCGAUUUUCCUAAUGCUUAUUCGAUAGCCCUGCUUUCCAGCUCGCCUACAGCUGGGCUAGCUGGGUAUUCGUCUGCAGCAAUUAAUAAUGCGCGAGUUCAUGGAUUAUAUCCAGUCCGCCUUUUAUGCUGCAACUAGUUGGAAUCGCGACAGCAGCUAUGCCUCCCUUAAUGCCACAUCUGACGCCCUAUUAAAUUUCCCAACCCCGAGGGGUCUUCGCCUCACUCUCUCGUCUCUCGCUACCCCCCGCUUUGCCACCUCAUAUCAGCUCGGCACAGUUGGUAUAGUCGAUGGCUCCGUUUCAUACCUAUACUCAACAGUACCUCUUAACGAUGCCAUAGCCCAAAGUGAGGAUAUACCUCUCCCGGAUCUCUUGCGAAGUUACCGCCCACUUGCCGAGUUGCCGCGCAGAGCCGGGAAGCCAGGCGUGAAAACGGAAGAAGAAGGUGGAGGGCUCGUGAAGGAUGGGCUGGCAUAUGGGAGGCUCUACCUCCCCAUGUCAAUGUUGGAGGCUUUACUGGUCAAGAGGAUUUCACCUGCGCUGCAGUUACAGUUGAGCGCCGUAUCCAGCCAAACAUUAAAAAACGGGGGCACCGUGUUAGGCAUGGCGCAAUAUGACGAGGGUCGUUAUACGGUAGAGGGCCUCGCAUCCACGGAUGGUGGCUUGCUCGGCGUGCGGGGAUUAUACAACUUUGGGGGUGACGUUGGACACGUGAAUACGCCAGCACCGUUGACGGCGGUGAAUGGAAAUGGGGGAGGAAAUGGUGAACGCAUUUACGGCCGCUUUAGCACCGGAGCGGAGCUUUACUACGGAACGUUGAAUAAAUCCGGUGGUAUGAGUCUCGGAAUUCGAUUCGCGACGCUGCCUACGCAUAACGGCACACCUCUCACGGCGACAAUGACAAUUAACCCGUUAGUAGGAAAUAUAAGUUGGACUUACGCGGUAAUGGCUGGCAGCAAUUGCUCCCUUGCAAGUAAGAUGGAUUUUAACGUCCACAGUUAUGAGAGCGAUUGGGCUGUGGGCAUGGAGCUCUGGAGGAAAAGGGGUGCUUGGUCCAUCGACCAAGAAAUAAGCGAAACUCCAUCAGCGCCACCAGCGCCACCGAUACCACCAAUACUACCAAUACCACCAGCACAUAUAACACCCGAGAAGAGCUUCCAAGAAAAUGUGGAUAAGAGCACAGAACAUCCUCCCAAAAUAUCAGAGGUGGCUGAUAAACUAUCGGAUAAUUCACAAUCGCCGAAAGUAGCAGUUUAUCCAAAAAUCAAAGAACGAAGCUUUCAAGCUAAAAUGGAAUGGAGGUUAGAUGAUCCAGAUGUAGAUACAUCAAUUACGGCGGGAACCAAUGAAAAUGUAGGAGAUGACGAGUACUCGGGCGUUUUGAAGGCGCGCCUGGACCAGCACCUACGAGUCGGGCUCUUAUGGGAAGGCCGAGUCAAAUCUUUGCUUUUUAGUCUUGGGAGCAGCAUCGAUUUGCGCCGGCUCGACUCCCCCUUCCGAACCCUUGGGCUAGAAGUCCAAUUCUCAUCCUGAAGAAGACCAAUAGGCAAGCCUCGACUCUCCUCGGUGGCCGUUUUGCCCGGAAGCUAGGGCGCUUGCAUCGGGCUUCUACCCAUAUCUUACGAUGCCUACCUCCUAGUUAGUACUGUAUUGAGUAGCUAGAAGUUGGUGGAACGG